AUGUCAAAAAAUAAAAAAACUAAAACAGAUAAUAAAAUAUUUCAAGAUGUUAUUGAUUUUGAAAUUUUAAGACCUAUAAUCAAUUAUUUAUUAAUCAGCAAAAAUAAAAAUAAUAAUAAUAAUAAUAAUAAUAAUACUAAUAGUAAUCAAUAUAAAAUUAAUAAAUUUUAUUUAAAUAGAAAUGAAAUAUUAAAUUAUAUAUUAGUUUCAAAAAAGUGGUAUAAUUUUAUAUCAUUAACAAUAUCAAAUAAUAUAAUUAAUAAUAAAUCAUUUGAAAAUUGGUUAGAAAUUAAUAAUAAUAAUAAUAAUAAUAAUAAAUCAUUUAUUGAAAAUUAUAAUAAUCAAAAUCAAUAUGAUAAAAAUAAUUUAAUUUUUAAUAUUAAAAAUGAAAAACCAAAUUAUUAUAAUCAAAAACGAAAUAAUACAGUUUUUAAUAACAAAGAAGAUAAACAAAAUAAAAUUAGUUUUAAUAAAGAGUUUUCAAUUAUAAAAAUCAAAGAAUCAAUAAUCGAUGAUUAUUUUAAAUUCAAUUUAUUUUUAGAUGAUAUUACAAUUGAUGAUUUUAAAGAAAUUAAAAAUAAAUUUGAAAAUAACCAAUUACUAUAUAAUAGAAUUGUAGUUAAUCUUAAAACUAGUGGUAAUAAUACUUUAUUUGAAAUAAAUGAAUAUGUAUCAAAUGAAAAUUCAGAAAUCGUAUCAAAUUUAUUUAAAAUAUUAGAAUUAAAUUUUGAUUUUUGGUUGGAGGAUGGUUAUAGUGCAAAAUAUGAAGAGUUGGAGGAGGAGGAUGAUCAUGGUGGUAAGAAAUGUACUGAAUUAUUUUUAAUAAAUAAUUUAUCAAUUUCUGGUUUUAAUAUUAGUAUAGGUAAUGAUGAAACAUUAAAGAUAUUCAAAAAUUUCAAAAGUAAACAUAUAAUAUAUGAUGGGUCAGAUGAUGUUGAUAAUUAUCAAGCGCAUGCCAAUUAUUCAGUAUUAUUCGAUCCAGAUAAUUCAGGUCAACAAGUUGAAUCAAUUAAAGUACAAAGUAAACAUGGUAAUAAAGAGUCUGUUGAACCACUCCAUUUGAUCAACGUUAAUCAAUUUGAAAAUUUACAUUCAAUUACAAUACCAAUAAAUUCAAUUCUAUUAUUAUCAGAGAUAUCUAAAGAAAUGGGCUUUUAUGGAUUCUAUGAUGGAAAUGCAUAUUCAAGUUUUACUGGAGAUGUCAAAUCAGAAUUAAUCGAAAUGGUCUUUUCAAUCGCUACAAGUGAAUCUUUAAAGAAUUUAAAUAUAACAUCAAUCAAUUUUGAACAAUAUCCAAUUAAUUUCCAAGAUUACGCUCACUAUUAUUUAUCUCUUCCUGGUGGUGGUGGUCUUGAAUUUUUUGCAAACAAAAUAAAUGAAAUUAUAGAACAAUUUUCAAAUUCAUUUCAACCAUUAUUUUCAGAAUUAAAUACAUCAAUUGAAAGAAUUGAAUUUGAUUGUUGUGGUUUAUUAAAUAUCAAUACAUUUUCAAAUUUAUUAAAUAAUAAAUCAAUUAAAUAUUUAUAUUUAUAUAAUAGUGAUUUCAUUGUUUAUUCAUUAAAACAAAAUGAUAGUGGUAGUGGUAGUAUGAAGCAAAUGCAUAAAGAACCUAUUUCAAUUAAUCAAUAUUUAUUUGAAAAUAUAUUUUCAUCACCAUUAACAUCAAUUAGACAUUAUAAAAUUAAUUUCAAAGAAUCAAAACAAAUCAAACCAGUAUUUAAUUUAAUAUUAAAUAAUAUUUUUAAAUUACAAUUAUAUUCAUUAAUAUUUGUAUUAAAUAAAAGUAAAUUAAUUGGUGAAUUUGUUAAAGAAUUUAAAAAUUUAAUAAAUAAUAUUUCAAUACAACUACAACAUCAACAAGAACAACAACAACAACAAGAACAACAAAAACAAAAAUUAAAUAAUAUAAAUUUAAAAGAAUUUAAAAUUAAAAUUGAAAUUGAAAAUAAAAUUAAAAUUAAAAUCAAAGAUAAAAAUGAAAUUAAAAUUAAUGAAAGGUAUAUUCAAGAAUUAAAUAAUAUUGAUAAUCCAUAUUUCACAACAGUAAUAAAGAAGAUAGUUAGAAAUGAAACCCCAAAAAAAAAUUAUCGAAAAUAA